UCGGCAAGUUUUCCAAGUUUGGCUCCCAUUGCUGCAUCCCUGUGGCUCAGCAUCACUUCCAGCAGCAUGGGGACCAUGGCGCUGGCACUGGCCCUGUUGACUACCACUCUCCUGUGCCCGGCCACGGCCACGCUGCACGUCGGUGCCUUCAACAUCCAGGCGUUUGGUGACACCAAGAUGUCCGAUGAGGGAGUGGCGGGCAUCAUUGUCAGCAUCCUGCGCCGCUAUGAUGUGGUGCUGGUGCAGGAGGUGCGUGACUCCGACCUCAGCGCUGUCACCCAGCUCAUGGAGCAGCUCAACAGCGUGUCCAAAUCCCCGUAUGACUACGAGAUCAGCGGCCCCCUGGGACGGGACAACUACAAGGAGAUGUACCUCUUCAUCUACAGGACAGACAUCGUGUCCGUGGUGGACACCUACCAAUAUGAGGACCCCCAGGAUGUCUUCAGCCGGGAGCCAUUCAUCCUGAGGGUCUCAGCGCCCCAAACCAGUAAGCAGGGGGAUGGGUGGCCCCGGGUGGUGGCACGAGGUGGCCGCAGGGCUGAUAUCUCUCUUCUGGCAGAGGUGGAGGAGUUUGUGCUGGUGCCGCUGCACUCUGCCCCACACGAUGCCGUCGCCGAGAUCGACGCGCUCUACGAUGUCUACCUGGCCAUCAUCAACAAGUGGGGGACUGACAACAUCAUAUUCCUGGGGGACUUCAACGCUGACUGCUCCUAUGUCCAGCCGAGCGACUGGUCGUCCAUCCGCCUGCGCAGCAGUGAAGUCUUCAAGUGGCUGAUCCCCGAUGGCACUGACACCACGGUGGGGAAGUCAGACUGCACCUAUGACAGGAUUGUGGUGUGCGGCGCCAAGCUGAAGAGGAGCGUCGUGCCAAAUUCGGCUGCCAUCUACAAUUUCCAGCGCGCUUUCCAGCUGGAGCAGGAGGAGGCCCUGGCAGUCAGCGACCACUACCCAGUGGAGGUGAAGCUGACAGCUUGAGCUCCUCCUGCGGCUGCAGACCACAAUCCAGCUCCAGCUCCCACCACCAACCCCUGGGAAGGCGCUCCCCGCAGCCCCAUCCAAGAGUCCUGUGCAUGGGCUGCUCUGUGUCCUGGUCUGGAGAAGGG